AUGGGGGGCUCGGGCAGCCGCCUGUCCAAGGAGCUGCUGGCCGAGUAUCAGGACCUGACGUUCCUGACCAAGCAGGAGAUCCUCCUAGCCCACAGGCGCUUCUGUGAGCUGCUGCCCCAGGAGCUCCGGAGCAUGGAGGAGUCGCUGCAGGCCAGAGUGACCCUGGAGCAGAUCUUCAGCCUUCCAGAGCUCAAGGCCAACCCCUUCCGGGAGCGCAUCUGCAGGGUCUUCUCGACCUCCCCGGCCCGAGACCGCUUGAGCUUUGAGGAUUUCCUGGACCUCCUCAGCGUGUUCAGCGACACGGCCACGCCAGACAUCAAGUCCCAUUAUGCCUUCCGCAUCUUCGAUUUCGAUGACGAUGGCACCUUGAACAGAGAAGACCUAAGCCAGCUGGUGAACUGCCUCACGGGAGAGGGCGAGGACACCCGGCUCAAUGAUUCCGAGAUGAAGCAGCUUAUUGAUAAUAUCCUGGAAGAGUCUGACAUCGACCGGGAUGGGACCAUCAACCUCUCGGAGUUCCAACAUGUUAUUUCCCGCUCACCGGACUUUGCCAGCUCCUUCAAGAUCGUCCUGUGA